AUGAAUUCAAUUCAAUUCCUCCAAAAGGAGGCAAUUAAACGAUAUUAUGAUAUGUACAAUCAAGAAGUGAAUGAAUUCUUUCAAAUAGGUCAAACUUGGGACUAUACUAUACGUUCCUCCAGAGUACAUUAUGCCAGUCAGGUAAGCUAUGUGGAACGUGCGCAGGAUUUAAGGGACGACGAUACGAAAUCGCUGGAUAGAGAAGAAGAAUUGGACUCAGGCAAUGAGGACGAGGAUGAGGAUGAGGAUGAUACCGUUGGAAGUUAUUGGACGGGUCAUGAAAAACGUCUAUUUUUCAAAUUGUUGUCAAGGUAUAGUAUACAUCGUGUCAGUGAAUGGAGUCAUGUUCUUCAUGAGAAGUCGAUCUUUGAAAUCAUGGAAUAUUAUAAGAUUUUGCGAAGCAAUUUAAGGCAAUUACGUAGACAAAAAUUCAAGGGAUUAGUGAAAAUUGCAGAUAUGGAUAUAGCAUACGAUAUGGAUGAACAAUUUAUAGAGAUGGAAGAAUACAUGAGUACGAAACCAACAAAAAAGACUAUAACGAUGAAAGAUACUAUUAAACCUGUCAGUAGUGAAUUAAUUGAUAUAGAUAAUUGGAAGAAAAGGUGGAAUUCAAUAUAUAGUAAGAGUCAUCUUGAAGAAGUGCAAGAAGUAAGGCGAGAAGUAGUAUCAAUUGAUAUUGCUAGUGUUCGAUAUAUGGAGGAUUUAGUAAGACAACAAUUGCGUCGAUUAUUAUGGUAUACAGUGUUACCAGAACUCCAACAUAAACGAAUCUCCAAACGAUCUUUAAGAGCAUUGCUUAUAAAAGAUGAUCCCAAGGAACAUAAAAGACAAAGGACACAAGAGCCGAACAGCAAAACUGAAAAAGAGGAAGAAGAGGAAGAAGUUGUCGAAAUUCACCAUUCUCACAAGAAGAAGAAGAAGAAGAAUAUUGCUAUUAAUGAAGAUCACACCCCGUUUUAUCCAACAGUCAUCACUUCUGCAGAAGUAGACAAAGCCAUAACCGUUAUGAAGAACGAACGCAACACCAAGCAUACCCAGACGUUAGGUGAAAGUGUUAUGGAUACAAUUAACAAAUACGAAAUCCAUUACCGACCUAUCGAUGGUAACAUUUUCAGAAAACGUAGUGUCCGUGAAAGUAUCAUCCCAGAGAUGGUACAUCAGACUACCUCUCUAACUACGGCCAUCAACAGCAAUACGACAGAGCCUGGAUUGACCGAGUUUCGAACUCCCACAGGACCCAAUCUCGACAACAUCGAAUUGGAAUACACUAAAAUGUACGCUAUCCCAUCAGAGAACCGCGAGGCACGUGACGACGAGCUCGACGCAGUCACCGACGCACGUGACACCGAGCUCUCCUCGCAGGUUUGCCAAGCAAUCUAUUCGUUCGUCUUAAAGAAAUCCAUUUUACAGCUGCAGCAACGAGGAAAUAAAGCUUAG